GUAAAAUUUUUCUAAAUGACAAUAAUAAUAAUUUUUUAAAAAUUGCAUACCAUUUUUUGUGUUAAAAAUCUUGGAAAAUGUUUAUAUAAAGUAAAAGUUCAAAAGAUUUCCAUUCCUUCAUCUUCCUUAAAUUUAUUGUUAAGCAAGGAAUCAAAUGGCAAAGCUAUUUCGUGUGGAUAUCAGAACCAUUUAAAAAGAUGUUUUGGCUUCUACUUCUGCUGAUACAUUCUAUGCAGCUGGUGUUGUUGAAUUUGAACCAGCUAAAAACCAUGGAUCAUCAUUGAAUCAACUCAACAACAAUCUUCGUGACUACAUAGCAAUUAUCAAUUCCGAUGAAGCUGCUAAUUUAGACAUAAUUGUCUUUCCCGAAUUAACUAUGAACAAUAUGCAAUAUCUAACAUACAUCCCAGAACCCAAAGAAAAACAAAUUCCAUGUCAAAAUAACAAAUUUGAAUCAUUUCUACGAGAUCUAUCUUGUGCAGCUAAAUAUUCUCGAAAAUAUAUUGUAGUGAAUCUUUUGGAAAAAGAAACUUGCAGUCCUGCUUCGCAAGCUGACAAAAAUGAUCCUAGACCAUGUGCGCCAAAUUUUUUAAACUAUUUCAAUACAAAUGUUGUAUUUGAUCGAAAUGGUGCAAUAAUUGCCAGAUAUCGUAAAUUCAAUUCCUACGAUUUGGCUUUGAAUGUGACGUACCGACCAGAAUUGUCAACUUUUGACACUGAUUUUGGUGUCAAAUUUGGAAUGUUUAUUUGUUUUGAUAUGAAUUUUUAUUCACCUGCUAAGGAAUUAGUCGAUUCGGGUGUGACAGAUUUUAUAUUUAGUUCGUUUUGGUUUUCGGAACUGCCAUUUUUGACAGCUGUCCAACUACAACAAUCAUGGGCAUAUGCUAAUAAUGUGAAUUUGUUAGCUGCAGGAGCAAGUAAUCCUUCAGGAGGAACCACAGGAUCUGGUAUUUUUUCAGGCAAACAAGGUGCUUUGGUAUCAGUUAUGGCAGAAACACCGGAACGAAAAUUAUACAUUGCAAAUGUGACAAAAAGCUCAGAAUUUAAAACAUCAGAAAGACUUACCAACGAACCGAAUUCUAACCAAAUAAGAAAAAAAUCAACCGGAGGAAUUCGUCUAAUGCGUGAAUACCGUAUGGAAGCAUUUACUUCAGAGCUUUUGGAACCAAAUAGCAACUCAAUUAUACAGAAACAAAUAUGUCAUGAUGCAUUUUGUUGUCAAUUUAAUUUGAAAUUGCAGCAAAAAUCUCCACUACCUGGUACCUCAACGUAUAAAUAUCAUUUGGCUGUUUUUGAUGGUGAUCGUAAUUACUCUGGUUUUGGAUACACAAAAUAUAAGUUUUGUUCAAUUUACGCUUGUACUGAUACAAAUUUGGACUCGUGUGGAAAAGUUUUUGAUAAUAAAGUUGAAGUAAGUCCUGAAAUAGUCUUUGAAAGCAUUUCAAUUAAGGGUGACUUUCCAAAAGCUGAUAAGGCUUUAAUCAUGCCAAAUAGUUUGGAUCAAAAUUUGAUGCCUUUGACAACUGAUCGUUUUGAAUUUAAUAUCAAAGAUGAUAAACAAAACGAACAAGUCAAGUUUACACUCGUAGACAAUGCAGAUGAUUUGCUUACAUUCGGAAUAUAUGCAAAUUAUUAUAACUAAGGAAGACUAUGAUCGUUCGAAGCUUCAUCAAAAUGUUGAUAAGUUCUUUCAUCUUCUUUAAAACAAAAAAAAAAAAAACAAAAAUAACUAAAAACUUACUAAAAUUACAAAUUGUUUUAAGAAUAAUAUAUUGUUUUAAUUUUAUAAUUUUUUGUUUUAUUUUUUCAUCUGUUCCUUAAAACAUGUUUG